AUGUCGAUGAAUUCACAAAUAUUUAUUGUGGUGGUAACUGGGUUGACAACCGGGCAAUUAAUAGUAGAAUUCAUACGUUCCAUACCUGUCUAUUAUACGCAUCAUCAAAUUCUUGUUCAUUCACCAAGAAUUUCAAUCAAGGAUGAUGAUCUACCGUCUGCUACAUUAGCUGAAUCAACGGACAAAUUUUAUGAUUACACUGUGCUUCAACCACAAAGUUUUGUAAUCGAAAAUGUAAAUAAUGCCGUUUAUCAUGAAAUACCCAACAAUUAUGUUGAAUCAGAGCGACAUAGUCUCGAAAAGAAAUGA